CAAAAAAAUAUCAUCAUCAUCCCCCAUUCAUUAUAGCUUUACUUUCCAAAAUAUAUUUCUCUCAUUAUUUCACAUCGCUAAAUGGCAUUUUCAAUCUCAACUUCAUUCUUAUCCCCUAAUUUCACAUUCAAUUCAAAAUCAUCCUCACAAUAUUCAAAUUCAUCAAAUUAUGUACAUUACAAAAAAAGUCCAAUUUCAGCAACUUUUGCCACCAAAGACAGAACAACAUCCGAAGAGGCAAAUACGAACAAAUCGUUUCGAAACACGUGUUCUUCGUCGCUGUACGAGGUAUUGGGUGUUCGAAUAGGAGCCGAUACAAAAGAAGUAAAAGCGGCCUACAGGAGAUUAGCAAGAGUCUUGCAUCCUGACGUCACUACAAGUAAUGACUCGUCAGCAGACGAGUUUAUGAAAAUACAUUCGGCUUAUACUACGUUAACUGAUCCAGAAAAACGAGCGGAUUAUGAUCGAACGCUUUUUCAAAGACCAUCUAGAGGAGUUGUUGCGUCUCCCGUUGUAUCAUAUGCUAAUGCUGGUGGCUACAGAGGUAGCAGAUGGGAGACCGAUCAAUGUUGGUAGAAAAUGCAUAUUUAUAUAGAAAAUGUAAAUGUAUAUGUAUUGAAGCAUCUUUGAAUUUUAGAACUAAUCUAAGAAAAAAAAAUACUGACAGGCUAAAUUUUUAAGCCAUUGUAUUAAGAGUUUUCAUAUUAGUUACCCGGAUGGCAAGCGGGUUUUUUUUUUUUUUUUGGUCGAUUCCAACCAUUUUUCUGUCGGGAUAGUGGCAAGUAUUUCUAGAUUUUUGGUAGCUUCUAAUUCAAUGUAAUUCGGUUUCAAUUAUGGAAAAAAUUGUUCAAUGAAAAAAUGAGUAUUUUUAUUCA